AUGUGCUGGUGGGAGCGACCAAGCACUUGGUUGGCAGGGACGCCAAUGUGGCAGCUUGCUCAAGGGCGGGAAGCAAUGGUGAGAAAGGAGAGGGAGGCCAAGGAGGCACAAGCUGGAGAUGUGCUGAACAUCGAUAGCGAGGCGGGGGGCUUCCGCAGCGUCCUUUGGGUCUCCAAAAUGGUGGGCGACAAGUACGAGGAUGCCAAGGUCCGUGGGCCUCGGCGGAAGAGGAGAUGCGAAGCGAUCAAGGACGGUUUGGAACUGCGGAUUGCUUGCCGGGAUGCUCCCAAGGAAUUAAAAUUAGAGGCUGCACAGAAGAGGUCAGUGGAACUCAUUUAUGCGGUCUACAAGAAAGAGGAGCUUCCCAAGGACGAUUUCGUCUACGAAGAGCCGGUGGAGAAGCCGAUGAGGCAACGGCUGGCUCGCAAGCCCCGGGGAACCGGGUGGCAACGCGUCGGUGACAAGGAGUUCUUUAGACACUGCAGUGCACCCAUGGCCUUUGACCCCGUCAAGGGUCAAUACUUGAAAGUCGACUCCGCCACCAACUCGUAUGUCAACUGUGACGUGCCACAUGACCCCAUCGAGUACCCACUGGUCGUCAACACUGGCGCGUCGCUGGUGGGACAGACGGACGAGGACUUGAAUGCGCCGGACCGACCUCGCAGCAUGCUCUUGAAGGAACUGGUGAAGACCGGGGCGGCCAUGAAGACGCCCUUGUUCUUCCUCGACCAGCCGGCAGCGUGCUUCGCGCUCUUUGACGGCGUCAGAGGUGGAGCCGCGGUGGAGUGGUGCUCGAAGCAUUUCCACACCAAGCUUCUGCCGCAACUCAGUGCCUCCAUUACAAGCUGGCACGACCCUGAUUUGAGGGACCUCUUCCAGUCCAUCCUCGCAGAGCUAGAUGUACAACUGGUACAACAGGCUGGAUGCUGCUGGGAAGGAGUCUCAGUGUCAAUAGCACUCUUACUGGGCGACCGCUUGGUGGUGGCGAGCGUCGGUGGCACGCAUGCCUUGGUGAUCAGCCCCAACGGCACUUGGCGAGCACUGGAUGGCCGACACACGCCCAGCUCGCUGGAAGAACAGAAGCGAAUACAGGCCUUAGGCGCCCAGGUGGUCGGGGAGUCCUCAGGGCCUGGCGUGGUGCGGGCGCCGUUUGUGAAGAAGGCUGAAAAAGCCCGGGAGUGGCAGAUCCAAGAGGAUGCCACCGUCGAGGAGGAGGUGCGAAGAGUCCUGGAGGCCACUCCGGACUCCUUCGCCACUUUGGGGCUUGGCCCUGAGGACACCGUUGAUGGCAAAAGCGCGCGGUCCAGCUACAAGAAGCUGGCACUGAAGGUCCAUCCAGAUAAGGCGCCCGAGGAGUUGAAGGCUCGGGCCAAAGAGGCCUUUGAGAAGGUGGAGAAGGCUGCAGCCACCGUGGAGGCCUUCAGCGAGACGGACCUCGAGGCCACGCAGUGCUUGCAGCGCGUGCUCCACGCCGCUGGCGCGCGGCACGCCUCGAUGUCGCGAGCCACGGCGCUGAAGGUCCUGGGCGUGGCGGAGGAGUCGACCACCGAGGAGGCCGGCAAGAAGGGCCGAGAGUUGCGAGAGCAAAUCAUGAAGCUUGGGAUGCUCACGGAUGGGAAUUAUGGCCAUCCAGACCAGGCCGAGGCCGUGCGGAUGAUCGAGGAGGCUGCAGAGGCCUUCGCUGAGCCGGCUGCCCUGACAGCCAGCAAGGGAGAAGGCUUUGUGGCGCUGAAGCCGGUGCAGGUGACUCGAGCGCUCGGCUUGAGAGACCUCAAGCUGCCGAGAAAGGUGGUGUCCUCCGAACCUCAGAUUGACAUCCUGCCGCUCGAGUCCUUGGGCUCGCAUCAUUUGGUGCUUCUGAGCUCAGGCGCGACCUCUUUGAGCGACCAGGAGGUCAUCAACCGCAUCCGCGGCUUCGCAGGGCAGCCAAAGGCCGCCUCGCUGCUGGUGGCCGCUGAUGCGGCCGCGCGAAACGCGCAGCUGGGCGCCAAAGGACCCCAGCGUUUCGGCUGCUGCAUCGUCGGAGUCUUUGAGGUCGGGCCUGGCUAUGUGGAGCCAGCAGCGAAGAAAGCCAAGAAGGAUGGCACCGAGAAGGUGCGGGCGAGGCACAUACUGCUCAAGCACAAGGAUUUGAAGCAGAAGAUGGACCCACAGGCCCAUCUGAAAUCCAAAGGCGCCUUGGAUCACCGAUCGACAUGGCUCUUCUGGGGGAUUGCGCCAGCUGGCGCGAUCGAGAGGUGCGGAGGGAGAUCAGAGGUGCGGAGUUCAAGGAUGAGAGAAAUCGAAGUGAUGCCAACAAGGGUCAACCGUCAACCUGCGAAAGGGUUGGUUCGGGCUGAGGGGGAGCCCUGAUUACAUUUGGCAAACGGGGUAUCGGAGUGUAGGUGUGCUGAAACGCUGCUAAGCAUUUCAUGUUGUGUCGAAAAGCCUGCAGGCACUUACUUUGCCCGUUUGUCACAGUAGGUGUUUGUCGCUGUUUGUCCUUUUCUUCUUGUAGAUCAUGAUGCCAGCACAGCAAGCUAGACUGGGAGAAGAGUUGAUCCUUACCUCCAAAGCUUUCUGCUGAGGGGAGAUGAUGGGAGAACCGGGAGCUUGAAGGAGACCGCAGCCAACUGGCUCAUCAACAAAUACUAAUACCGGACGCUCGGAC